ACAGGAAAGACAAAACGUCGGCUGCACCGCGCCGCAUUUCCAUCAGGUGAUCAGUAUCAGUCGUUUUGAAGAAAUCAUGGCCGCCUCCCGCCGGACAACAGCAUUGCUGAAAUCUGUUGUAGGUUCUCAGCUGAGAUCUUACUCAAAAGGAGUACGCACAGUAACUCUAAUACCUGGAGAUGGUAUUGGUCCUGAAAUUUCGGCAGCUGUUCAGAAAAUUUUUGCAGUUGCAAAGGUGCCUAUAGAGUGGGAAGUUGUUGAUGUAACCCCAGUGAGAGGCCCAGAUGGAAAAUUUGGUAUUCCUCAGGCUGCCAUAGACUCAGUGAACAAAAACACUAUUGGACUUAAAGGUCCUUUGAUGACACCAGUUGGAAAAGGGCAUAGAUCUCUAAAUUUGGCACUUAGGAAGGAAUUCAAUUUGUAUGCUAAUGUUAGGCCGUGUAAAUCAAUUGAAGGCUACAAAACUCUCUAUGACGAUGUAGAUGUAGUAACUAUUCGCGAGAACACAGAGGGCGAGUAUUCCGGAAUUGAGCACGAAAUUGUUGACGGUGUGGUUCAGAGCAUCAAGCUGAUCACUGAAGGCGCUUCCCGGCGUGUUGCGGAAUUUGCUUUCAACUAUGCUCGUAGCAAUGGAAGGCAAAAAGUCACAGCCGUUCACAAAGCCAACAUUAUGCGUAUGUCGGAUGGUCUGUUCCUACGCUGUUGUCGUGAAGCCGCUGAAAAAAAUCCUGACAUCCGAUUUGAGGAACGGUACCUUGAUACAGUCUGCCUCAAUAUGGUUCAAGAUCCUGGCAUGUACGACGUGCUAGUUAUGCCAAAUUUGUACGGAGAUAUUCUCUCCGAUCUUUGCGCUGGUCUCGUUGGAGGGCUAGGUCUCACACCAUCGGGAAACAUUGGAACACAGGGAGCAAUUUUCGAGUCCGUACACGGCACUGCACCCGACAUUGCUGGUCAAGAUAAAGCCAACCCAACGGCUCUUCUGUUAUCGGCCGUGAUGAUGUUGCGUUAUAUGAAUCUCCCAGACCAUGCUGCAAAAAUCGAAAGAGCUUGUUACUCUACUAUUAAGGAAGGAAAGUAUUUAACGGCUGAUUUAGGAGGUAACGGGAAAUGUUCCGAAUAUACGGAUGAAAUCUGCCAGAAAAUAGCGGCAGAGUAAUUCCGUAACGCAAUCGGUUCUUGUAUUAGAAGCUUGGCAUACAAUAAGUGAUGUAACUAGUUGAAAUGUGUUUGUUCUUAAAUAGUAAUAUACCAAAAUAGUUGCUUUA